CUGAGCAGUGACUCAUGUUAGCCUGAUGGGUGUUGCUGGAGGUUUCCUGACCCCCUCUAUGCAGACCGAAGCAGGAGGAUGAAGAAUGUUCUCGGCUGAAUGAAGUGUGAGAAUGACCCUGAGCAGUCAUGUGUAUCCAACAUGUUACCUGGAGAACAUUUAUCUGUGGAAGGGAGGGAGAAACUGAGCACCGCUGAAGGUAGCUGGUUUUUAAAAUCAGAUGAGGAAAUCCUUUCAGCAUGUGACUAUGUUAGCAGAGGAAAUACCAGCCCUACUGAUCUAAUCAGCACCCAGCCACUGCCUGCUGUAGCUUGUCCAGCAGAAGCCUCACAGCAGGCAGUCAUGCUGAAGAGUCCUCAGCAUGAUUUUCUUAAGCCCACAUGUCCUCAGUGUGGCCUCACUGUACCAGACCAAAGCCUGCACCCUGUCUCGCCAAGUCUGAGCCGACUGCAGGAUUCAAAUUCAUCUGUGCACAGCGGGGGCAGCAGCAAAAGGACUAAGAGCAAGGGCAGCUUGACUGGAUCACAUCAAACUACUGCCACACCUGCUGACACGUGUUUCCAGCUGCUGAUGGCGUGCCUCUGGUGCCAGUGCUCCCUGCUGCUGCUGGGUCUGUUAGAGGCCUGCUCCUCCUGCUUUCAAGGUCUUUGCCCCUCCUGCUGCCACUCAUGUGCACACUGUUGUUCAGCAGUUCAGGACGCACCAGUGGAGGAGCUCAACUGCCACGCCCACUGCCACUCGGUUUUGUUCGAGUCCUGCUGUGAGCCAACAGAGUGUCUUGAGUUUUGUCUGGAGUGCUGUGAGAUCUGCCAUCGAAGCUAGCCAUCUGAGUCAACAGCUCUCAACCGUCCACACCGUCCAUAUUUGUGGUCCCACAAUGGUGGAACAACCUACCUACCAAACUCUAUCAAAGCAGGGAUGUCCUUCUCCACCUUCAAGUAUUUAUUUACACAGAUUUAAAUAAAUAUAGCACUUGAUGUGUUGGCCAGGGUAUCUGCUCUACUGAAGCUUGAAUGUUAUUCUUUAAUGUUACCGCUUUGAAUAAAAGAGUGAUAAAAAAAAAAACUUAGAGUAAAUGUGAAUGACUCCACACUGAGGUGUUUCAGUUAUUUUCGAAGACGCAAAGAUUAU